GCUCGCUAGUGCGGAAAAGAACAUAGAGCCUUUCGAACCAUCAAAUAAGGCGUCUUAUUAUCAUCUCUACUAACAAAAUGUAGACUAUUACGUUGAACUUAAUCCAAAAUAAUCUGAAUCACCCUGUAAAUUGCUCGUCUUUACAUCCUUGUUUAUCACAAUCCCUGCACUUGUGGAUACUAUUCCGUAACUGUUAAAAUUUAAUCGUGAGACUAUGUAAAGCAGUCUAAUAUUGACACGCAUAGAGAUAUUCACUAACCCACUUCUCUUACAUCUUGAAAACAAUCUCACAAUGCUAAACUCUCCAACAAUUAGGCAUAUCAUAUCGUGAUAAAAAAAAAAUAAUCUGAUCUAGCCCGCCGGAAAGAAGCCCACCACCCACCGACGGACAUAUUUUUUAUUAAGCCCGAUAUGAAGCCCACAUUACCUAGCACCUAACCUCAGCGCGAGACCGGCCCACACUUUGUCUUAAUAUAUUUUAUUAAUUGAAUCACAAAAACAGAAAACUCCUUGUGUUUAUAAUUUACGAAUCACAAAAAGUCAAAAACUGAAAAACUCCUUAAUAAUCACACGAAAUUUUGUGAAAGAGAAGACGACUUGUAAACGCGAGAGAAAAAAAAAAAGGAACAAAUUGGAAACCUCUGCAAGCUCUCGAUCAAUUCUCUGCCAUGGCGACGGCGGCUUUCUCUUCUUCAACAACCACAGCGUGCAAGUCUCCUCCAUCUCUUGUCCGUCUCUCCAAUCGCUCACCGGCACCCUUCUCCUCGCCUCCGAGUUCAGUCUCCUUCAGAUUCUCCCCCACGCCCAAUCUCUGCCGCCGAUCGUCUCUCUCCGUCCGAUCAUCUUCCGUCCCAGUCGCUCCACCAUCUCCUGGGGGAGUGGCGCCGGCGGUUUCGGUGACUGAGGGUGCGUUAAAGCACCUGAAUCGGAUGAGGAGCGAUCGAAACGAGGAUUUGUGCUUGAGAAUCGGGGUGAAACAAGGUGGAUGCUCGGGGAUGUCUUACACAAUGGAGUUUGAGAAUCGGGCCAACGCUAGACCGGACGAUUCCAUCAUGGAAUACGACGGCUUCGUUAUCGUUUGCGAUCCAAAGAGCCUCCUAUUCAUAUUUGGGAUGCAGUUGGAUUACAGCGACGCCCUCAUCGGAGGUGGCUUCUCUUUCAAGAACCCUAAUGCGACGCAGACUUGUGGCUGUGGUAAAUCUUUUGCAGCAGAGAUGUGAUGAAGUUGCAGAAAGUUUCAAUGUGAGACACAAAGUUGAAACAUAUAUUGUGUAGACAAAUGUUAGAUGUAGCUCUCUCUCAAGCUGUAAAAGUAAUUCUUUCUUGCAAAUGGUGUAUGUAUAUCAAUAGCCUCUCUGUUUGUUUGAUGUCUGUAAAAAAAGAAUGCAUGGAAUUACUUUUGUCACUUCCACAUAUUAUUUUUGAACCCGUGACUUCAAAGUUUGAGACUACUGAUAUAUGGGAAUAAAAGUAUUGAGCAAAU